AUGUCCCACUGUUUCCUCAAUUCCAAGGAGAAGUUCGUCUCGGACGCCUUGGGCGGUUUGGUGACGACUUCUGCUGGUUCCAUUGCUCGCCUAGUUACGACGGAUGAAGAUACGCAGGUGAUCGUGCGUGCAGACUGGGCCAAGGAUCGAGUUGCUGUUAUCUCUGGUGGCGGUAGCGGCCACGAGCCGACCCAUCCAGGGUUCGUCGGCAAGGGCAUGCUCACUGCAGCAGUGUGCGGGUCCGUCUUCGCUUCCCCCAGUGUCUCUGCUAUUCUAUCAACAAUAGUUCACGUCACCGGCCCAGCCGGUUGCCUCCUAGUCGUCAAGAACUACACCGGUGAUCGCCUCAAUUUCGGCUUAGCUCGAGAGGUGGCUAAAUCGAAGUUCAACUUGAAUGUCGAGAUGGUCAUCGUUUCCGACGAUAUUGCUAUUCCCGGUUCUGCCCAGCCCCGCGGUAUCGCCGGCACUCUGUUGGUUCACAAGAUAGCCGGCGCCAAGGCCGAGACCGGCGCCAAUCUUGAGGACGUUCUGAAGGUCGCUCAUGCUGCAGCUGAGGGAGUUAUGUCCAUCGGUGUCGCAUUGACUGAUUGCCAUAUGCCUGGUGAGGACACUCGAGUGAGCCGAGUGGCCCCGGGUACGAUGGAGGUCGGGCUGGGUAUACAUGGGGAGCCGGGAGCGGCCACAGUGCCGAUACAGACUGCUGAUGAUACUGUUGAGGCUUUAGUCGGUAAACUGCGAGAAGCUGCGAAAAAAAGAGGGCGAGAGUUUGGGCGAACAGUGCUAUUGGUGAACAACCUCGGCACGUGCAUGCCGUCUGAAAUGGAGAUCAUCGCUAACCAUGCAGUCUCCAGUGUGAAGCCAAGCCUUGUAGUCGGUCCGGCGGCUCUGAUGACAUCUCUGGACAUGCACGGCUUUUCUUUUACGGUAUUACCCCUCACAGAUGAGCUCGAGCAACUCCUGAGAGCUCCUACUGCUGUAUCGUCUUGGCCGACGGCGAAGGUUCCAUCCCCGGCACUGUCGAUUUUCGCUCCAGAAAUCGCCACUGAAUCAGCUAAGUUCGUCCCCAGUAAGAACCCUCUUUAUCGUUCACGACUAGAAGCAGCUUGCCACGCUGUGAUCUCUUCUGAGAACGAACUGAACAAUCUUGACUCAGCUGUGGGUGACGGCGACUGCGGCUCGACUCUGGCGGCCGGCGCUAGGGCUGUUCUCAGCAGCUCAGAUGAAGCUCCUUAUGGUGACGGUAAAGACCUGGCUUUGUGGCUAGCGGAAGCCUCUGACCGCAUCGGUGGGUCCUCGGGCGUUCUUGCGGCUAUAUUCUUCACUGGUGUGGCGAAGACCGGCGACUGGUCGGCUGCUGCUAUCAAGGCCGGCGUUGAUUCAAUGACCUUCUAUGGAGGUGCUUCUGUUGGUUCUCGAACGGCCAUGGACGCUCUCAUUCCCUUUGCUGAUGCUCUUCUAUCGGGGAAGUCAAUCGAAGAAGCCGCGGAGAGGGCUCGUGAGGGAGCUGAGAGUACGGCUAAGAUGGCCUCUGCUAGUCAUGGUCGGUCGGCUAAUGUACCGACAGAGGCGCUUAUGGGUCGAGUCGAUCCUGGUGCUGUUGCUGUCGCUAGAGUUGUCAAGGCAAUUGCUGAUGUUGAUGAGUGA